AAAUGCACUUCACCUCACCAGCAACGAGUAAACAGACGUCCAGGAUGUCACAAGGCGCUAAGUGCUAGCUUUGAAUGUUAAGUGAUAUAAACUAUUAGUUGUACUAGCUCAUGGUGGAUAAUUUCUAGAAACUGGAAGUGACAGGAGCUGCAUAAUACACAUUUAGGGUUGUGUAAUAUGGCAGUGGCAGCUAAGCGGCUUGUAAAUGUGAUAACGUAUGUGCUACGCUAAGCUAGCAUGCUAAGCGCCAGCCUCGGCUAACCAGUUUUUUGGAAUGCUAGUGCGCAGCGCGAACCUCUUCGGACAUGGCAGCGGGAGCAGGAGCCACAUUAAGCGGCUCACUAGAGUCUACUUUAGACAGGAAGUUUCAAAGUGUCACAAACACGAUGGAUUCAAUCCAAGGACUGUCAGCGUGGUGCAUCGAAAACAAGAAGUACCACAGCUUCAUUGUGCGACACUGGAUGAAGAGUUUGAGGAAAUCUAAUGCCUCACACAGGCUCAACUUGUUUUAUCUUGCCAAUGAUGUCAUUCAGAACUGUAAAAGGAAAAAUGCCAUCGUCUAUCGUACGGCAUUCGCUGAUGUGCUCCCUGAAGCUUUCCUACUGGUCAACCGUGAGAGUGACGUAAAGAUGACUAAAUCCGUGGAAAGGAUAUUGUCCAUCUGGGAGGACAGGGGCGUGUAUUCAGGGACGCUCAUUGCUGACCUUCGGAGUAGCUUGGUCAAAGAGGAUUCCCCUCCUGAGACGCCUGUGGAGCAAAAAACUCCAGUUGAGUCUAAAGCAGAUCUACAGUCCAAGGUUGUUGCUGAGUUUGUGCCUCAGGCACUAAUAGAUCAACUGUUUAAAUACAAGAGAUCUAUGGAGGAGGUGGACCUGAGAGAAAAACAGCUGGCAGCUAUGAGGGUUGACAUCUGCAGUUCUAAUGCCCUGAAGAAACUCAAAGAUAAGGCAGGAGGAAAGAAGUUCUCCAAGGACUUUGAGGAAGGAAGCACACAGCUACAGGAGUUUGUGAAAUUCUUUGACAAACAAAUCAAAACAGGACCUACUUUUCUGCAGGCCCUCAGCAAUGCAGAUAUCUUCUAUGAGAUGCAGUACAAGGAGGUCAAGAUUGUUGCCAAUGCCUACCAGACGUUUGCUAAUCGGGUCUCCCACCUGAAACGUAAGCUGGACAGCCUAAAAUCCACCUUACCAGACCUGGAUGACUCGCCCCUUCCCUCACCCUCAGCGGAUGCACCAUCGCCAAUGGGCUCCGAGUCCUCUUUCCAUGAAUUGGCAUUGGCCCACCCUGAUCCAGAUCUCGAUGGCUCUGCUAUGGAUGAUGAGGUGGAGCCACCGGCCCCGAGCCCUCUGUCCUCAGUGGGAGGAUCCCCCAGACACCCGGAGCCACUCGGUGAAAAUGACAAUCGUGAAGUGGAGGACAUGGAGCUCUCUGAGGAAGAAAUGGGCAGUGGCGACAUUAUAGUUGAGGAGCAGAUUGAAUGUUCCCCUCACCCAGAGGUGUCCACUACAGUACCUGAAAGUAAUGAGCCAUCAGCAGCAACAGAGCAGCCUGUCAAACAGGUUAUGUCUCCUGUAGCCUCUUCUGGAGCAGCGUUGGACAACGCUCACAUGGGUAAAAUUGGCUCCAUCCUCAACAGUUUAAGCUCAGUGAUGAAGAAUACAGGACCGUUAAUGGAAAGUCCUCCUGCAGCUACCCCUGGCUCCUCAGUAAAACCCACAUCUGCUGAUGUUGUACCCUCUCAGGAUGCCAGUUCACUGGUAGACCUCCUCUCCAAGGUGGACAUGAAUCCUGCAGAGCUCCUCAGUGCUCUGUCCAGAGUCCAGGAACAAGGCAGCCUUGAAGGCAUCACUUCUCUUCUGAGCAGCCCAGCUGCAAAUGUCUCAUCAGACUCCUUGAGUACAGGCAAGACUCCUCCCUCUUCUGCUUUCACAUCUGCAUCAGCAGCACCCUCUCAGAGCCUGUCCCUCUCCUCUGUUGCGCCUGUGCCUUCGUCACAGAGCUCUACUGUAACACAGAGCCUAAGUUCCCAAGCGCCCCUUCAAACUACCAGCACAGCCUCUGCCCUGGUGCAGGCUCUCCAUAGAGACAUGGAUUUGACAACAGAGCCCGAACCAUCCUUGUCUUCUAAGAGUUUAGAGUCUAAAAUCCACAGCUUCCUGCAGGAGAAUCCUGCUUUCAGUGCAUUUGACCUGGGUUUUUCUGCAAACCCAGUGCCUGGGGGGGAUAAUCUCAGCCCGGUAACUGGAACAGACACCCAGGAUGGGACACCAGUGCGGGAUGAGGGUGGAGGCACCCCAACUCAAGAUGAGAUAAUGGACAAACCUGUGGGGUUCCCAUUCGUUUCCAACACAAAUCAGUCAUCUUUUAAAACAGCUCCUUUUGCACACCAGAAUAUCCCUCAGCAGAUCUCCAAUUUUCUCCAGCAGCGUGCUCACUUGCAGCCACCUGUGGCUCAGAAUGGGCAGGUCCAACACCUGCACCCAUAUGAUAAACAGGAGGGGUCACAGCACAGAAUUAGUGAACCUGUUGCAUAUUACCAGCAGAUUUCUGCACAUGCAGGGGGGCCAGUGCCUGGAGAAAGAGCCCCAGGCAGUUCCAGUAGCGCACAGACAGUUGAAGGCUUUCAGGGUAUCUGUGAAAGAGGUUGGUAUAGUGACACUUACCCAGAGGGCAACUCUCAGCAACCCGGAGGCUACAGUGUGACAGCGCCUGGAGGGGCUGGAGAAAACAAGAUGUCAGGACUUUAUCCAUGCCAAGCAGAGCGGGCUCAGGAACUUCAAGAGUUGGCUUCCCAGCAGAUUGCCACCACAUCCCCUGGUUUCUUCACAAGCAACUUGCCUCCUGUCCCAAAUCUACCUCCCCCUCCUCGUGUUUAUGACACCCCGCCUUCUGCAACCAUCAGUACAAUGAUUGCCCAAGACCAACAGCCGAUUCCCUGCACAAAAACAGAUGUGAUUGGAGCCACAGCCAACAGUGUUAUCAGUGGGAUGGUGGUGCAUGACCAUCAACACAAGUCUUUGUUUCAUGCAGAAGAGCUGCCGUUUGAACUUGACCGACCUCACCUUCAUCACCAGGAGGAUUUACACCCUCACCCACAAGACUUGCGUUACCAGGAGGAGCUCGAACAGUACCACGAUGAGCUCCGCCGUCAUGAUGUUCUUUUCUUUCAAGAUGACCCUUACCACCACCCAGAUGAUCCAUAUAUCAGGCCAGGUAGCCCUAGACAUUACUACCCCAGAGGUCAAGGGCGCCUGACUCCCCCAAUCUCACCCUCUGAGGACCCUUAUUUUGCUCAUGAAUUUCAGCGGCACAGCCCCCCUCCUCCGCACUACGGUCUGAGGAGACCACCACCUCAUCUUGAAAUGCAUUAUCCUGGACUACGACCUCCACCUCGGCCUCCCCACCCAGCACAUCACCCACACCCCAGGGCACCCCCACAUGCACCCUUUCCUCAGUUCCAUGGCCCUGAUCCAAUGUUAAGAGGCAAACGUCCAGGUCCAAGAGGAAGGGGAAAUGCUGGUCCAAUGUUCCCCCCAAAAAGACCCUUUCCACCCCCACGCUACUGACUGGUCAAAGCUAGCUUUGAGCUCUCUAAAUCACUGUGGGUGUGAUAAAGGCAGGGACAGGACAUAACAAAGAUCCACGCCCUGCAGUGAGAAACUUCUGAAAAGUGCAGAUACUGAUAUGGGAUUCAGAAGGUUUUAUUGAAGAAGAAUUAAUUCAGUAGCUGUCAGAAGAAAAGCGACAAUGGCGACAGAUAAAGGGUGGUCAAACAGUUGAGGAUCACAAGAGAAAACUCCCACGAUGUGUACAAGAACAUGGAGAUUCAGAGGGCUGCUGAACUGAAGAGUGAAGACAGAAGAAUAAAGAAAAUAAGAGGUGGAUAUAUAUAUAUAUAUAUAAUUCACUUUUUGCUCCAGUAUGAAUCAUUGCAUUAAAUAAGAAAUUGAGUAUAAUUUUGAUAUAGGCCAGUGUGUCAACUAGUCCCAAGGCUGUUCCUCUUUCUUUUCCAAGUUGAAUCUGAAGAUAGUGAUUUGUGCUAACAGUAAGAGAAGAAUGUAGUUGGUGCAUUGUUUCUGCUGUCAUUUAGUUCUUCAGUGAGCAGAUCUGACUACUCCACUUCCAUAUUAGCAGUAUCCGAGCAGCUGUUGCUAAAAACCAAUUUAAAAUUCGUUUGGGGUAUGAAACAAGAGUGUAUAUUAUAGAAUUUCUGUUCCUUCUACAAUACAUGGUAGCAUAUUAAGAGAAAAUUUUCUAAUUCAGAUUGUUAUAUUUAUGAAGCGGUGCGUUCUCCACAAGUUCGUAAGAUCAUAUGGGCGAUAGUUUUCGGCGUUAAUUUCCUUGAAGGAGAGCAGCACAAAUCUAGUCAAAGGGAGAGAGAGGUUGUUGUUUUUUUCUCCAGCCUUCAACACAGACGCAGAAGACUUUCAUUUUUGGGGAGGAUGAAGAUUCUCGUCUUCAAUUUCAUUUUACUUGUACUGAAUAAUAAAAAUCUGAGUUGAAAAAAUGUGUU